GCGGGUGUUUUCUAAAGUUAUUUUACAUGAUACUUAAAUUACCUACUUAGCCAAUAGUCUAAAAUGCGAUUUAAAAGGACAAGUUUUUGUAUAAAUAAAAACAUAUAUAGCGCUUGUUUACUAUGUAGAAGUUAUUGUAGUGAUGUUCUUCCUUUGAGUGAAACAAAAAUAAUCAGAAAACAUAAAGAAAUUUCUAAGAAUGAAGAAACUCCUGAAAAAACCGAAUGUCCAAAGGAUACUGAAGAGUUUAGGGUCAAUGCUGUUAAUAUACAGAUGAUUUCAAAAAAUAUCUACAAACAACUAUUCAAGGACAGUCCUACUGAAAUAGACCCAAAUAUUGUUAAAAAUUGCCAAGCUCAUCUCUUACAGCACGGUAUAAAUUAUAAAGAAUAUAGCAAACUUCCAGAUGUUCAAUUAAAGUUGCCAGAUUUAGAAGGAAAAGAUAUUGUAGAACAUUUUUAUAACAUCGGAAAGAAACAAUCUGCUCCUUAUAAAAAGUUGUUAAAUGAAUUGGCAUCAAGAAAGCUGCCAGAAUUACCAAAGAUAUGGCUAAAAAGUAAAGGCUGGACAAAAUACACACCAGAAGGCCCCAAAUCAGUUCCAUGCCCUGAUGAUGAUGUCUUGGUUUUUGAUGUUGAAGUUUUGAUGGCCGCGGGUAAAAGGCCAACCCUGGCUUGUGCAGUAUCUCCUGAUGCAUGGUACAGCUGGGUAAGCGAACCACUAGCCAGUGGCAAAGCCCAUGAAUCUUUUAGUGAAGUGAAUUACGAAGACCUCAUUCCUUUAGAAACAGAUGGACACAAGCCAUGCGGUGAUUUGAAUAGGCCCAGGAUAGUAGUUGGACAUAAUGUGUCGUACGAUAGAGCGAAGAUUAAAGAGCAGUAUUGGUUGGAAAGGACGGGUGUGCGUUUCAUGGACACAAUGUCGAUGCACACGUGUGUGAGUGGGGUGACGAGCUACCAGCGCACAGUGCUAAAGGCGAAGAACAAAGAGCCCGAUCCUAGUGACGAUGAUUGGAUUGAAAUUAGCUCAUUGAAUAGUCUUUCGGAGGUACAUAAGCUCUAUUGUGGUAAGGCAAUCGACAAGCAAACCCGGGAUAUCUUCGUAGAAGGCACGAUGGAAGACGUACAUAAUAACUUCCAAACGCUCAUGAGUUACUGCGCUGGUGACGUCAUCGCGACUCAUAACGUACUAAGGGAACUAUUCCCGAUGUUUCUAGAAAGAUUUCCUCAUCCUGUAACGUUGGCUGGGAUGUUGGAACUAGGUACAGCAUACUUACCCGUAAACUCCAAUUGGACGCAAUACAUCGACUCAGCAGAAACGGUAUUCAAUGAUUACAAGCUGGAAUCUCAACAGUUGCUAUCCCUUAAAGCAGAUGAAGCCUGUCGCCUUAUGGAGAAAAAAGAAUACAAAAACGACCUUUGGAUGUGGAAUGAAGAUUGGUCAACGCAAACUUUAAAACUGAAAAAGUCUACGUCGAAAAAGACAGAUAUUCCUGAAGACAUAAAACCUGAUAAACAAACAAAAACUCAGGAUAAUUUUGAAACGUUAAGUGAAAGUUAUAUAGAAAGCUUAGAAGCAAAUAACGGAGAAAAAGUAAAGGUUCCAGAAGAACUAGUCAAAAAGUUUCAAUAUUUGUACGAUUUACGAAGUUCGUUGCCGGUAAAAAGGCCGUAUUUAGCCGGAUAUCCGGCGUGGUAUAGGAAAUUGUGUACGAAGCCAGGGAAGGAUCCUGAUUGGUCGCCUGGCGCUAAUAAUAUUACGACCAGCAUGCAGAUAACCCCAAAACUUCUCCGUUUAUCAUGGGAAGGUUACCCCCUCCACUAUAUCCAGGGAGAGGGGUGGGGGUUUCUCGUCCCCUACAGUAGAACAAGGGGAGAUCUAGAAGAGGGGGAAAUUCCUUUACCCCUAGAAACGUUGUUAUCCUCCUGUCCUAUAGUUACGUGUAAGGGGACUGAAGUUGAUGCCGAAUCGUAUGUAUUGCCGAAAACUGUUGAGGAGGAUCUUGGAAAGCGUGCGUAUUUUGCGAGGAAAAGAAAGCUAGAACAAGCGGCAGCAAAUCAAUACCAUGGGUUAGGGGUUUGGACAGGCAUAGAGAUACAAGGGUGUUGCCAUUUUCUUCGAUUGCCGCACAAAGAUGGCCCAAAAUACAAAGUCGGCAAUCCUCUAGCGCGGGAUUUCCUAAACAUGUUCAGUCAAAACGUUCUGUCAGCGCAGGGAAAUGAUGCAGAAAAGGUACUAACCUACGGUCGAAUGAUGUCCUACUGGCGAAAUAACAGAGAGCGAGUCAUGGGCCAACAAGUUGUAUGGUUACCUGAGGAAAUACUGCCGGAACAUUUAAGAGGGACAUUGAGAAGAUAUGGUGCGAUUAUACCGCAGGUGGUAGUGUGUGGCACGCUUACUAGACGAGCCAGCGAACCAACAUGGAUGACAGCUAGCAAUGCGACAGCAGAACGUAUCGGUUCUGAGUUACGCGCGCUCGUGCAAGCGCCGCCGAAGUACCGCUUCGUUGGCGCUGAUGUUGAUUCUCAGGAGCUAUGGAUAGCCGCGUUGCUAGGCGACAGUGGCACGCAGCUGUGCGGUGGGAGCGCGUUCGGGUGGGCGGUGCUAGCGGGGCACAAAGCGGCUGCUACUGAUCUGCACUCGCUGACUGCGCGAGCUGCUAAUGUACAGAGAGAUCAUGCGAAAGUGAUUAAUUACGCGAGGAUUUAUGGAGCCGGACAAAACUUUGCGGAACGAUUGCUAAAACAAUUUAACCCCACUAUGACAAUAUCAGAAGCAAAGAGCAAAGCUGCCAAAAUGUUCACUACAACGAAAGGUAGAAGAGUGUAUACAUUGAAGAAGAAAUAUAUGUUGGGCCUUAUGGAUGAAGAUAUUGAAGAUCAGAAAGUUGAGAUGACAUCAUAUCAAGCGACAAGACUAGCCAAGAUGAGCGGCAAACAAGUUGAAGACAUGUUCGAGAGACCCCGUUGGGUGGGCGGUACCGAGUCGUGCAUGUUCAACAAGCUUGAAGAUAUUGCGGAUUCCGUAGAACCAAAAACGGCAUUCCUCGAAGGGCGAUUAUCGCGCGCACUAGAACAUAGCGCGGGACGGUGGGGGGGAACUCGGCUGAACUGGGCGGUACAGAGCGCAGCUGCUGACUUCCUGCAUCUCAUGCUAGUUAGCAUGACGCACUUGGCACCGAAAGCGAGAUUCUGCCUAAGUUUCCACGAUGAAGUGCGCUACUUGGUACCUGAUGAACAUAAAUACGAAACAGCACUUGCUCUACAAAUCACCAAUUUAUUUACGAGAACAUUUUGUUCCCAAAGAGUCGGUAUAAAAGAUCUACCACUAUCAGUUGCAUUCUUUACGUCUGUUGAAGUGGAUCAAGUUUUACGGAAGGAAUCAAAUUUAAGUUGUACGACACCUUCUAAUCCGCACGGCUUAGAAAAUGGAUAUGGCAUACCUAAUGGAGAAUCAUUGACCAUAUUCGAUGUACUUGAUAAGUGUAAAAUAAAUAAGGAAUAAAGAUGUGUAUUUUUAUUAAAAGGGAAAACCAC